CGUUAUUGGGCGUUCGUCCGACGUCCUCUUUGUUUGAGCUCGUGCAUUCGCUGCUGAAAAAAGAGAACACGAUGCCCUUGUCGAGGCCCAAGUCUGAUUCGGCUCUCACGAAGGCCGACCAUGCGCGUCGGCCCAGCCUGAGUUGCAAGGAUUUCAACAAGGACCGCACCGCAGCGCGAGAUCUCAAGGGCCGCAGCAGCCGGCUGGCAGCCUUGAAGGAACGCCGUUUGGCCAGCUUGUCCCCGGAGGCUGAGGCUGAGUCAGCGGCAGCGCCGCCAUUGGUGCGCGCCCCGCGGCGGCAGUCGACGGUCGCCAGGACCGCCAUGCCGGAUGCACAGUCCAAGGCAUGGCAUCGAAAAAGGGUCGAACAACUCUUCUCCGAUAUGGACUACAAGUGCCUCGGGGAGGUGAGCCUCCACGAUUUGCGAAGGUCCUUUGGGGAGAUGAAUAUGGCGAUUGAUGUCGAUACGUUCUGCCAAUACAAGCAGAGGCUUUUGGCUCCCAAUUGUGAUAGCGUGGACAUCAAAUCUUUUGUCACGUUCCACCAGGCCGUUUGGGAGAACCAGCCCGUGGCGGUGCGCCGCUUUGCAGGCUGCCCCGAGGCGACGUCCGGCACCGGCUCGUUGUGCGUUGGGCAAUCGCCCAAGAGCAGGAGUCGACUUCCGGGCUUGAAGCUUCAAGGCUCCAGUCGAGGGCUCUUGAACGAAGCUGAAGACAACGAGGAUCAACUUCGGGCGGCUUUUUACAGGUACACCAAUGGGCAGCUCUACCUGAGCCGAAACCAGAUGCCAGCCGUGCUGAAGGACCUUGGUAUCACCAUCCCAGAUGCCAACGCAUGUCAACUGGACAAAGACUUCUUCCAGACGUUUUGCGACCACGAGUUCAACAGCGCGGACGAGAACAAGGAUGGCAAGGUCUCGUUCCAGGAAUGCAUCGCCUAUCAGAAUCGGUACCUGUCAAUGAUGCAGGCCACAUCUUUGGGCAUCAUCAAGUCCUUUAGGCAUUCCGUGCUGCAGAGCUCCUGAGUCGAUGCGCUCGCGCUCGGGUGAAGCCGAGCGCUUCGGAGCGCUAAACCGGGUCGAAAGAGGAACAAUGCAACAAUGUGUC